AUGAUCUUCUUGGCCUUUGCGCCCACGGUACUGAUCAACAUCUUCAGCGUCCUUUUCCACUUCAAGUCUCAGGUGUGGGUGCAACUGCAGCUGCAGACAUGGUACUGGUUCUUCCUAGUCUUCUUCGUCAUUCUGGUCACCGUCAUUGGUCAGGGCUUCACGCAAUUUGUCAGCAAGCUCGCGGAUGACCCCUUGAGCUUCCCACUCCUGCUGGCUGACAAGAUGCCUGCAUCCACCCACUACUACCUGAAUUUCCUGGGCCUGCAGUGGGUCACACACGCCAUGAACCUCACCAGGUACAUCCAAUGCAUGAAGUUUGUGGGCCUCUCAAAGAUCUGGAACGACGACGAUGCACGAGCAUUGGCAGAGCCGGAAGACCAGGACUACUACGGCAUGGGCUCCAGGACUGCCCGCUUCACCACAAACAUGAUGGUUGCCAUCAUCUUCGGCACGAUCUCGCCGCUCAUGUCCUUCCUCGCCUGGGUCAACUUCUUCCUUUGCCGCGUCUUUUACGGCUAUCUGAUGAUUUGGGCUGAGAGCAAGAAGCAAGAUUCCGGGGGGUACUUCUUUGUCGCGCAGCUCCACCAUGUCUUCGUAGGCCUUCUCACCUAUGCGUUGCUGAUGACAGGCAUGAUGCUGCGUCGUGCACCAGAUUACGUGCCUGCCGGCAUGAGCAUUCUUGGCUUGGUUUACGCAGUUGUGGCCUACAAUUCUUUCCGCAACGACUUCGAGUGGGAGGUGCUUCCCUGGGAGGAGAUCUCCCAGGAUGCGGAUGGCAAGGAUUUUGUGCCAGAGGACUCGGGGGAAAAGUGCGCCCAGAUGGGCCUGCGAGCCUGGAACAAGUCUCAGGCGAUUCUUGAAUGCCAGUCAUUUGCGACAAUCCUUGCGCUGAUUUGGCUAGCCUCUGUUCUGUCUGCGGAGAGCAGCGCAUUGGCCGUGGUGAGCAUCGAUCCGCCCUGCCAGGUGAAAGACAGCAAGAAUCCUGAGGAGACUGCGAAGGCGGGAGGCAUAGCCGUGACCAUUUCCCUGCUUCAAUUCGAGUCGCGGUUCCAGGUCAUGAAAGAGCAGGUGGCCAAGCACGUCAGCAGCUGCCUUGGAACGGAGGGCAAGGCGAACUUCUUCGUGCAGGUGAAGAGCUUGGGCGGCGAGAAGAAGACGGAUGAUAUGCUGGCGAAGGUGAACUCGCUUUUGAAGGGGACCGCGCUGGUGGACAGCAUCAAGGCGGACCUCCAGAAGAGGGGCAAGCCAGACCAUACUCUGGGGGUCACUUACACGUCCAAAGUCGAGAAGAAGAUCGCGCCUAAACCCCAUCUUGCCUUCGACAUGAUCAUCCAGGUCUCCAAAUCCGCAGACAUGGGAGGCAACGGCAAUGAGGAGGAGCUGUCACCGGAGGUGCAUGCGGCACUGAAGAAGGCCUUCCUGAGCCUGGCGGAUGUGCCGGACAAGGAGAAAUUCGAUAUGGCCUUCAAGAAGAUCCGAAACUCCGCAAUGCCCAAUGCGGAGGUGCCAGAAGGCGAUGAGCUCGUGCGGGUGGCAGGUAACAUCACACUUCCUCGCGGGAAGGAGGGAAGCAAAGAGAUUCUGGCAGCAAAACUCAAGUCGGGCACCGUCGCAAAGCAGAUCAACAAGCACAUGCAAAAAGAGGUGCUGAAAUCUGAGAAUAAUCCGGACGCCCGCAUCGUUGGGGGCAAGAAAGACUACAAGGUCUACUCUGUGGACUUUUCCGGGAUGUCCAAGAUGCCCCAUGGCUUGCCGAGUGUGGAUACCAAUCUUGUGCCCACCACCACCACCUCCCACGGGCUGCACGCCUCAAAGGAGGAGAUUCUCAAGACCUGGCUCUCGAUGACCACCACCAGCACCACUUUGGCGCGGAUCGAGGGUCCCGCACUGAUUCGCACUGCUGCGGGCCUGUGCUUGAUGGCGACGCCGGGGCGGCAGUUGGGCCUGCGACCCCAGAUCGCCAGCUGCGAUCGCGCGGACGGCCACCAGGGGUGGUUCUACUCGCGGGUGGCCAAAACGGUGCAGAGCGUCUUCGGUCUGUGCCUGGCCGCGGAUCUCAACGGCCCGGCGCAGAGCCCCGGCUGGCAGCUGGACACCUCGGCACAGGUGCUUCAAAGCUGGGUGGCGCAGCGAGGGGAAGGCCCAGUGAAUCAGUGGGCGUGCAACGGACACUGGCAGCAGCAGUUCUCCUACGAGCCUGCCACAGGGCAGUUUCAGAUCCUGGGCUCCAGCAUGCCGGGGCUUUGCCUGGAAGCGAAACAAGCCGAUAUGAUGGUGGCGCUGUGCAACCCCAGUAGCUUCGCACAGCAGUUCUGGCUGGAGAAGGUGCCAGCCAGCAGUUUCAUGCCCUCGCACAUCAACAAGGCUCAAGAAGCGCCCAUCUUCAUGAAGCCCUACUUUGACGGCGAGGUUGCCAUGAAGUCUGCAGACAACACGUAUGACAGCUUCACGCUCUCGCCCUUUGCCCGGAAGCGCGCCGCCUUCUACCUCACCCAGGGAUGCAGCCCGGUGCCCACCUACUCCUGCGGCAC